AGCUUGCAGUUGCGUUAUUGAAGUACGCCGAGUGAGCGGUUCCUGGCUGACCGGGGGCCAACUGCUCUUCAGGAUCAGGUGGUGCCCGCCAAAAUGUCUCAGUUGGAGAGCAUGGUCCUCUGUCGAGAGGCCCAAGUGUCCACUUUGAAGUCCCUGUUUGGAGAGAGACAUCAUUUCAGCUUUUCGUCCAUCUUUAUUUAUGGACACACGGCCAGUGGGAAGACCUAUGUAACACAAACAUUGUUGAAAACUUUAGAGCUCCCACAUGCCUUUGUGAAUUGUGUUGAAUGUUUUACUUCGAGACUACUUUUGGAACAAAUUUUAAACAAACUGAGUCAUCUUGACUCUUCAGAGGCAGGGUGUUCCACAGAAAUGACAUGUGAAACAUUUAAUGACUUUAUUCGGUUGUUUAAGCAAGUGACCAGUGCUGAACAUCUCCAGGAUCAGACUGUAUAUAUUGUUCUGGAUAAAGCUGACUAUCUAAGAGAUAUGGAAGCAAAUCUUUUGCCUGGGUUUCUUAGGUUGCAAGAAUUGACUGACAGAAACGUGACUGUUAUCUUUCUCAGUGAGAUUAUUUGGGAAAAAUUUCGACCAAAUACUGGAUGCUUUGAACCAUUUGUCUUAUAUUUCCCUGAUUAUAGCAUCGGGAACCUUCAAAAGAUCCUGUCCCACGAUCAUCCUCCAGAGUAUUCAGCUGAUUUUUAUGCAGCCUACAUUAAUAUUCUCCUUGGAGUUUUCUACACUGUCUGUCGAGAUCUGAAAGAGCUCAGGCACCUGGCAGUGCUUAAUUUCCCCAAAUAUUGUGAACCUGUAGUUAAAGGAGAAGCAGGUGAACGUGAUACUCGCAAACUAUGGAGAAAUAUUGAACCUCACUUGAAGAAGGCAAUGCAGACUGUUUAUCUCAGGGAGAUCUCAAGUUCCCAGUGGGAAAAGUUCCAGAAAGAUGACACAGACCCAGGACAACUAAAAGGUCUCUCAGCGUAUACCCACAUGGAACUUCCAUAUUAUUCCAAGUUUAUUCUUAUUGCUGCAUACCUUGCCUCUUAUAAUCCAGCGAGAACUGACAGGAGGUUCUUCCUUAAGCAUAUGUUGUGGUGUAAGAAAAAGUCUUCUGUUCUCUUUUCUCAACAGACAAGCAAUCAUCUUCUUGGACCAAAGCCAUUUCCACUGGACAGAUUAUUAGCAAUAUUGUAUAGUAUAGUGGACAGCAGAGUGGCUCCAACAGCAAAUAUCUUCUCCCAGAUUACCUCCCUAGUGACUCUACAGCUGUUAACCCUAGUUGGUCAUGAAGAUCAACUUAAUGGACCAAAAUAUAAAUGCACAGUUUCUCUAGAUUUCAUCAGAGCUAUUGCACGGACGGUGAACUUUGACAUAAUAAAAUACUUGUAUGAUUUCUUGUGAAAACAAGCUUCAAAGCCAUAUGGACACUGUGACAAUGACUAAGCCAAGCUGUGUUCAUCCAACUACUCAGCUGCCCAGGGAAAGGAGUUCUUUGGCUCUAUUGGAUUUGUCCAAACAGGUGCUGGCCCAGCAUGGAAUCUGAUGAAAAUCCUCUGAUUGGUCUGGGUAGAUGUGAGCAGAAGACUAUUUACCAGGGGCCCAGGAGUAUUUGGAAGCAACGUGUUAAUUAUAAACAGCAGGGUUUGAGCACAAUCUGUUCUACUCUUAAUGAUGUUAUCUUAACACUGAAAUUGCCUGAAACCCAUUUACUUAGGACUGUGUUUUGCUCUAUGAACUAUCCCCUGCGCUUUGAACGUGCCAGCAGUCCUUGUUUAUUUGCCCAGCCUUUUCACUUCCUCUCCACAGGAGCCUCUGCCGGCUCUUGCCAAAGCAGAUUUCCUAAGGCCACUAUUUUAAAAGAUCAUAGUUGCUAAAGUAUGUGCUGUAUAUGCUUAUCUUUUCCCCUGGUUUUCUCAAAUACAAGGCAGCUUGUUGAUUGUACACACAGCAGCUUUAUUUCUAACUCUUUGCUUGCUAACCUGACAGUACUGGUCACUCUCAAUUAACACCAUUAACCACCAUGGCUUUUUAUCAGCAUAUUGUUUUCCUUCCUUUCUUUUUUCUUUUGAGUUGCUGAAUUUUGAGAGCUCCACAAUAAAAUUCUUCCUCUUACAUUA